UCAUCAUCACCCAUCUCAAUUUUCUCACUGCUCUGAAAAAACAGACAGACACAACAGUAAAGAAAAACUCAUCAAUGGCGACUCUUUCAUCCACACACAUUCUCCCACUUUCACCAAUCUCAACCCCCAGAAAACCCAUUUCUUCUCGCUUUCUCUUUCGUUCACAAAACCCCAAAACCCUGUCCACCUCCGUCACCUUCACAAACUCCAAACCCAACGCUUCUUCUUCUUCUUCUUCUUCUGUAUCCAGCGAACUCAACGCCUCCACUCUCAGAGAAAUCUGCCAAGCUCACGUUCCCGAACACGUAUUACGCAGGGUGGAGGAGGUUGGAUAUGUUAGACCAACUGAUGUACAAAAGCAAGCACUGCCUCUUCUCUUUUCGGGCCGAGAUUGCAUUCUUCAUGCUCAGACAGGUUCUGGGAAGACACUGGCAUACCUGCUCUUGAUCUUUUCUGUCAUAAACACUCAAAGAUCUACUGUUCAAGCAGUAAUAGUAGUGCCUACCCGGGAACUAGGCAUGCAAGUUACAAGAGUUGCUCGGAUGUUGGCUGCAAGGCCUAUGGAACUUGAAUUGGAGCAGAAAUCUUGCACUGUCAUGGCUCUUUUAGAUGGAGGAAUGUUGAAAAGACACAAGAGUUGGCUAAAGGCAGAGCCCCCUACAAUCGUGGUGGCAACAAUAAAGAGUUUGUGCCAAAUGCUUGAGAAGAAAAUCUUAAAGCUUGAAUCGAUGAAAGUGCUGAUAGUUGAUGAGGUUGAUUUCAUGUUCAAUUCCUCAAAAGAAGUCAGUUCUCUUCGAAAAAUUUUGACAUCAUAUUCAUCACUCCACAACCGUCAGACCAUUUUUGCCAGUGCAUCCAUCCCCCAGCACAAUCGGUUUGUACAUGACUGUAUACAGCAAAAGUGGACCAAGAGUGACGUGGUUCAUGUCCAUGUCAAUCCAAUUCAACCCAUGCCGUCAUGCCUACAUCAUAGAUUUGUGAUAUGUGGCAAGAACAAAAGGCAUCAAACCUUGCUAUCCUUAUUACAGUCUGAUGCACCAGAGUCUGGCAUUAUAUUUGUUGGUGAGCAGUCUGAGAAGUCAAAGAAAGCUGGAAAUGCUCCACCAACAACUUCGUUAGUUGAUUUCUUGAGGACUUCAUAUGUGGGUUGUUUGGACAUCCAUCUUCUAGAAGAAGACAUGAAUUUCAAUUCACGAGCAGCAUCUCUCUCAGAAGUAAGACAAGGAGGUAGCUAUCUUCUGGUAGCAACAGAUAUAGCGGCUAGAGGGGUCGACCUGCCAGAAACAACUCAUAUAUACAACUUUGAUCUGCCAAGAACUGCAGUAGAUUAUCUUCAUCGAGCAGGAAGAACAGGUAGAAAACCUUUUUCAGACAACAAAUGUACUGUUACCAACAUUUUAAUGUCUGAGGAACGGUUUGUUUUGCAAAGAUAUGAAAAUGAAUUGUUGUUUAACUGUGAAGAACUUAUUCUAUAGAGUUGAUGUCUAUUUCAGUUUAUACAAAUAGAGCAUCCCCUACCCACCAACCCCCAGAGAAAUCCUUUUUUUUUUUUUUUUUACGUUGUUCCAGUCCAUUUUAUGAGACACGGUAUCAUCAGCAAGUGAAACCCCAACUGAUACUUCAAAUGUCCAGUACACCAACAGUCAGUCUUAAUAGACUCUCGUCUUAUAGUAGAUGUGAAGGUUUGUAAAUGACAAGUAUUUCUUUUAAGGCUUUUGUUAAACGUGUGCCGAGGAAUUGCUCGCACUCGUUCAAGAGGAA